CAUCUUGCCCCCUCCUCCCUCUAUAAUUUGCAUAUCCAUAAAUGUUUAUUGUGUAGUUCCCCUUCAAUGCCAUUAUUAUGACCCUUUCAUUUCCCCAUCUUUUUAGGGCCUUUUCAAUGGUAUUUCCAUCCCAGCAGAAAACAUGACAGACGGCUGGGUGGAUUGUCCCUCUUUGGGACCUGGCUGGAAGCGUCGUGAAGUCUUGCGCAAAGGUGGAACAAGGAGUGGCCAUUCCGAUACUUAUUAUAUAAGCCCCAGAGGAGAGAAGAUCCGCAGCAGAGUGGAGCUGUUAAGGUUGCUGGGAUGCUCACGGGAUCUGACUGAUUUUGAUUACAGGAGAGGAAUCUUUGUUGAGCCAAACACAGAGCCGCUGUCCUCAGCACUCUUCUCACCUACUGAAGGAAGUCCUCAAAGGGUCAAAAAGAGUAGCAAAAAGCACCUACUGCAUCUGGCAGCAACCACCUUACCAUCCAAGAAACGACCUUGUUUGCAGGUGUUUCUAGAGCCUCAGCCUUCUCCAGGACAGGGGCUUCUGGAGCAGAAACCUUCAGAGCCGGAAUUAGAGUUUCUGGGAGAGAACCAAGCCAAUAUGCAGAGUCAACAGUCAGCGCUUCCUGUUACUCAGGAUCAACCGGCACCAAAGCCAGGCAAACGACAUCAGCAUCCCCUGCCACUCAUUCCUUCUCCAGGAACAAUAGAAGAUGUGACAUUGCAGGAGAGCAAUCCAAAAGAAGCUAUGGCGUGCUGUGCCAGCUGUCAGGGACAGUUUCCAGAAAUAAUGCUACCAUCUCAGAGACGUUGUCGGUGGCUCUGCCCAGACUGCAGAGCUCAGAGAAGAGCUUUUAACAGGGAGCAAAGAUAUUACAAGGGCCUUGAUUGUGGCAUUUGUCAGGCCUGCGAGAUAACUGAGGACUGUGGGACCUGUGCAAUCUGUUUGCGGAGGCAAAGACCUGGCAUGAAACGUCAGUGGAAAUGUGUGAAGCGCCGUUGUCUCGAACGCAAGAAAAAAAUAUCGCCCAAGAAGGACAGCUGCAGCUCGAGGAAAGUUAUAGCAGAAACUUCAGCAAAGAAUGUCUUCACCCCAAAACAAUGUGGGCAGAAAAAGCCAACUUUGACCUCAGGUGGGCAAUUUCCAAAGGCUCAGUUGGCCCCAGGCCACCCCCACCGGAGGCAGUCUGCUACCCCAAAAUGGAAACCUACCAUACAAAGGGAUCCUGAAGGCAAUCCUCUUGUAAGGCAUACGAAGAAGCAAUUGGGAGUGGCGAAAGAGAGGAAGAAAGUGGGCCGUCCUCCCAAGCAUCCUGUGGCUAAACUCAAGAAGAGUGUGCAUUCCUCCAAAAAUCGGCAAAAACGGAAGUGUGGUGAAUGUGAAGCCUGCCUGCUGAAAACAGACUGUGGCCGCUGUGAUUUCUGCUCUGACAAGCCCAAAUUUGGAGGGCAGAACCUCAAGCAGCAGAAGUGCCGGUGGAGACAGUGCCUGCAGUUUCCCAUGGAAUCUUCUUUGAUCAGUGAAUGGCCUGAAGUGCCCAAAUCCCUGGGCUCAGAGAUGCCCAAGCAGGAGAAGCUUCAUCUGCAGCCACAGCCACAGCCACCCCCGCCAGUGAAGCUGAAGAAGGAAACCAUGUCCUCUGCCUCCCACCAACCGACAAAGGAGUGUUCCGUUGUGCCAGCAUAUAUCCAGCAAGAGCAAGCUAUACUUCACCGCCCCAUCCUACCCUCCGCGAUCUUAGGAAAGGAUCCAGAUACCAAACUGCCUGUAAUCAAUCUCCUUAUUGCCACCUCUCCCAAAAACAAGCAAGAAUAUGCAGAACCAGGUGGGAAUUUUCAGGCAUCCAGUGACUCUCUGGUAUCAGCAAGAUUCCCCCAGUUUAAGAAACAAUCAGGAACACCAAGCACAGAAGUGGUAGUUCUUGACGAUCCAGAAGACGAUGAAAUGGAACUAUUGCAGCAAAUCCAGCCUCCAGUAAUUAUGGAGGUCUACAGCCUGGGUGGUGUGCAGCCCCUCUCUCAGUUGGACAGUGUCUUGCGAGAAUUCUUGGCUGAGCUGAAUGAGAUCCCUCUCCCUGCUCAUUGGGAGGUGCUGCCUCUGCUUGGCAGCCCAGACCUGCGUCUCGUCCAGCGCUCGAAACAUUCCACCAUGUCUGCCGCAGUCAUUCACAUCCGCCCGGGCCUUUUUUUCCACGUGGUAGUGCAAGAUCUGUUGGUGCCUCAGGAACAUAAACUUUAUGCCAGCCACCCGGCCCGCCUGACCACGGUUGAUGAGGUGGUGGAACUGAUCUGCGAUCUGGAGGCCUACCAACUUUGUUUGGGUUGGCCUGCAGGGUGGCAUGCUAGACAACGGUCUGAGACUUGUGAUAUUCUUGUUCAUUCAGGCUGCUGCCCACAGUGCCGGCUCAACCCCUGGCCAUCAGGAAGCGGCACUCACUGAGAACCAAGCUGGGCAAGGAAUUUGGAGACAGAUUCACAGCCCUACUGGCCUGACAAUGGGCAGUUAAUUGAAGUUUAAUUUUGACACUGGACAUGGCUUGGAUUUCUAAAUGGAUAAUUCCUUGCCAUAAAUAGCUUUAUUCCCGCCCCCCACAUGUUGAAUAGCUUGGCACAAAAAGAUAUAUUCCCCCUUCUUGUCUUCUUUCUGAUUUUUUUCCCUGGCAACUUGCUUCUGCUUCUGUUCAGAGAGGUUUCUUUUGAUGACUAAACUCCAGUCUUGCUUUAGUCAUUUACUCAUUUCCUGCUAGAGAAGUACCGGGUGGACAGUGUGUAUCACGGCAACUUGGGCUGACCACCAGUUCUGUGCACUUUUAAAACUUUUUAUGUGUUUGGCCAUGUAGUAUUAUAGUAUUAUAGGUUGAUACAACGGGCAUGUGGAGAUGGGCAAUGCAUCCAUUUGGGAUUCUCCACUCUCCUGGAGAAUUUUACAUCUACAGUAUGAUCUUCACCAGACCCAGGAAGAAUGGGAUUUUAUAAUAUAAUUUCCUUCUUCAAACAAAUCCUUAUGGUCUACACAUUUUCCCAGAUUUGUUUAGAACUUGAACUGUUUCCUUUGCUUUGUGCUGUGGGGUUUGGAUGGGGAAUUCUGUUUGAGGAUCUGCGAGAUUUUGCUCUGGGGAGCCGGAAAGGCCCCGCAAAUGGUGCCUGAGAAGAAGUUGGUGAGCUGCCAUUCUAUAUGCUGAGAGAUCCCAGCAUGUUCUGUUCAGGGAAGUUCUACAGAAGCCAUAGCUGUAUGUCACUUGCUAAUUUGUGGUUUUGUUUCAUGUCUUCCUUCAGUGUAGUUGGUGGCAGUGGUAGCAGCAACCUCUAUCUGCCCUCCCCUAUGCCUUUUACAGUCUGUCUGACUUUCAUGAUGUGCGAUAUUUUUCUUUCCGAAGAAAAGAAUGAAACUAUCCUCAAAGAAAUAACAAAUCAGAACUGGCUUCUAUUUUUUUUAACAUAUUAAAAAUUUGAAAGAGCAAA